UCGAUCUCUUCUUACUGGAUUCAAGUAUAAUUUUGGAUCGGCUUAGUUAAUUUAAGAUAAUCUAACUACUUAUAUUGUGAUGGCUAACUCAGAUAAAGUUUGCCGAGCUUGUCUCAAUACAAAAGAUACCUUUGAAUACAAUUUUCGGGUUAAUGUUUGUCAUGAACUAUAUUUAUUUUGUACUUCAGUAAAGGUUUCACUCAAUGACAAUCUACCAAAAUCAAUCUGUAGUACUUGCUAUAAAUUACUAAACUCAUAUGCAGAGUUUAAAAAAACAUGCAUUCAGUCAAACCAAAAGCUUAUAUCAUUGUAUGAAGAUAAACAAAGAGAGACAGUUGAAAUAGAAGUGAAAGUUAAACAGGAAAGCCUUGAUGAAGUAGAUGAUAUCCAGGAUAAUCUAUCAAGCUUUGAUGAUGGAACAAAAGAUAGAAAUGAACCCAGCUCAGAUGCAGAUGAUAUUAGUAAAUCUGAAGUUGAAAUUAGGUCAGAACAUGAAGAAAUUAUUAAAAAACCUAAAAGACAAAUAAGGAAACAAGUGAAGAAGAUAAAGUUUUCAUGUGAUAUAUGCAACAGAAACUUUAACAAUCCAGACCAUUUUGAAGCUCACAAUUUAGUACAUCAAGGAAAAGAUAUUAUCCCAAUACAAUGUGACAUUUGCCACAAGGUAUACUCCCGCUGGAGUAGCCUGGCGCGACACAAGGAGGCCCAGCACGAAGCCGUCCGCCUCUCCUCCCUGCAGUGCAAUAAAUGCGGUCAAAUAUUCAAGAGCACACAAACGCUAAGGUACCAUGAACUGAGGCACAGUGAACCGCGGCAGCCCUUGGUAUGCGAGACCUGUGGACGGCAGUAUAAGCGGAAGAGUAGUUUAUUGCUUCACAUUCAAACCCACGAAGAGAACAGGGCUCGAACGCACGCCUGCGAACAAUGUGGCCACGAAUUCUUCAGCAAAACCGCCGUCGAGAACCACAAGAGCAAACGACACAGGAACCUACAGUACAUCUGCGACUGCUGCAAAAAAUCCUUCAAGGGCAAGGAAACCCUCGUAAAGCACAUUCUCAUAAAACAUGAGGGUAAGAAGUUAUAUGAGUGUGAAACGUGUCAAAAAUCAUUUCACUCUGCCUACUACUUGAAGGAACACAGGCGGUACCACACAGGAGAGCGGCCUUACGAAUGCCACUGCCUUAAAAGGUUUGUGACGAAGAGAAUGUUCAAGGAUCAUCAACGCAUUCAUACGGGGCUGAAGCUGCACAAGUGUAAUGUGUGCGGGCAGUCGUUCACUCAACGUUCUACUUUGACUCGGCAUAUGAAUGUUCAUGAUAAGAUUAAUAAGCCAGGAAUGGUUGUAAAUGAAUGAUAAAUGUUGUUGUUAUCCGUGUUACGAUAUGGGUGGAU